UAUUCCAGAUGUCCGUCACCAGUGCGUCAAACUGGGGGGAAAAAACAGAAGAAGAUUGGUUUCACAUGCAAACUGUCAAGAGCAAAAAGAAGCGAGCCAAUGGAAGCGUCACGAGUUUUCAUGCUACGCUGAGCGUCCGUCUCGCGUCCCGAUGGAGGACAGGCCUGUCACCAGAUAAGAUGUGAAUCGCUCAAAUGGAGGACGAGUGACACCAACAACGGCGUCAUCACAGAGGACUGACCUUCACACAACCUGGUACCGCCCCAUCCUGCCCCCCUGUGCCCCGCGCUCGCCUUCACCCCACCCCGGAUUUGCCCCCCACCCCCGGCCCGGCCGGAGUGGACACGUCCCUCUGGCCUCGCGCCUUCCCCCAUCCGCCGGCAGCCCGCUGCGGCGGCGCGUUGGAGUACGAUGGCGCGGUGGGACGCUGAGGGCCGCCGCGGGGGACUGUGAUGUCAGAGCCCGACAGCCCGGGCGAGAGCCGGCGUGGCGCUCCCAGAUUCUUCGUGGGCUGCGAGGACGAUGAAAGCGAGGCCCCGGACGAAAGCAUGAGGACGGACAUGGACCUGUACGAGGACGACGAAGACACCGACUCGCCCCCGGAGCGACAGAUCGUGGUGGGGAUCUGCUGCAUGAUGAAGAAGUCCAAGUCCAAGCCAAUGACCCAGAUCCUGGAGAGGCUGUGCAAGUUUGAGUUCAUCACCGUGGUCAUCUUCCCCGAGGACGCCAUCCUCAACGAGCCCGUGGACAAAUGGCCUCUGUGUGACUGCCUCAUCUCCUUCCACUCCAAGGGGUUCCCUCUGGAUAAGGCCGUGAGCUACGCCAAACUGAGGAGCCCUCUGCUCCUCAACGACCUGAACAUGCAGUACUACAUCCAGGACCGGAGAGAGGUGUACCGCAUCCUGCAGGAGGAAGGCAUCGAUCUACCGCGCUACACCGUGCUGAACCGGGACCCAGAUAAACCAGACGCGUGUAACCUGGUGGAGGGAGAGGACCACGUGGAGGUGAACGGGGAGAUAUUUCAGAAACCUUUCGUUGAGAAGCCCGUCUGCGCCGAGGACCACAACGUCUACAUCUACUACCCCACCUCGGCUGGUGGUGGCAGCCAGCGGCUCUUCAGAAAGAUCGGCAGCCGCAGCAGCGUCUACUCCCCGGAGAGCAGCGUGAGGAAGACGGGCUCGUACAUCUACGAGGAGUUCAUGCCGACGGACGGCACCGACGUGAAGGUCUACACCGUGGGGCCCGACUACGCCCACGCCGAGGCCCGGAAGUCGCCCGCUCUGGACGGGAAGGUGGAGCGGGACAGCGAAGGGAAGGAGGUCCGCUACCCGGUCAUGCUCUCGGCCAUGGAGAAGCUGGUGGCCCGUAAGGUCUGCAUGGCCUUCAAGCAAACCGUGUGCGGCUUCGACCUCCUCCGAGCCAACGGGCACUCGUACGUGUGCGACGUCAACGGGUUCAGCUUCGUGAAGAACUCGAUGAAGUACUACGACGACUGUGCCAAGAUCCUCGGGAACAUCGUGAUGCGUGAGCUUGCUCCUCAGUUUCAGAUUCCCUGGUCCAUCCCGACGGAGGCCGAGGACAUCCCCAUCGUUCCCACUACGUCAGGAACCAUGAUGGAGCUGCGAUGCGUCAUCGCUGUCAUUCGACACGGAGACCGAACGCCUAAACAGAAGAUGAAGAUGGAAGUUCGAAACCCCAUGUUCUUUGAUCUAUUUGAAAAAUACGGAGGAUACAAAACAGGGAAAUUAAAGCUGAAGAAGCCUAAACAACUGCAGCUUGAUACUCUGAACUCUCAACAGGAGGUGCUGGACAUCACGCGACAGUUGUUAGCAGAACUGGGACAGCACACCGACUGUGAGAUAGAAGAGAAGAAGUCCAAACUGGAGCAGCUGAAGACGGUUCUGGAGAUGUACGGCCAUUUCUCUGGGAUCAACAGAAAAGUGCAACUAACCUACCUGCCCCAUGGGCAGCCCAAGACCUCCAGCGAGGAGGAAGACACGCGUAAGGAGGGUCCGUCUCUGCUGCUGGUGCUGAAGUGGGGGGGGGAGCUGACUCCUGCCGGCAGAGUCCAGGCGGAGGAGCUGGGGAGGGCCUUCCGCUGCAUGUACCCCGGCGGUCAGGGAGACUACGCUGGAUUUCCGGGCUGUGGGUUGCUACGGUUACACAGCACCUACAGACACGACCUGAAGAUAUACGCGUCUGACGAGGGUCGCGUGCAGAUGACGGCCGCGGCUUUCGCCAAGGGUCUGCUGGCUCUGGAGGGCGAGCUCACGCCCAUCCUGGUGCAGAUGGUGAAGAGCGCCAACAUGAACGGGCUGCUGGACAACGACAGCGACUCGCUGAGCAGCUGCCAGCACCGCGUGAAGGCCCGCCUCCACGACAUCCUGCAGAAGGACCGCGACUUCAGCGAGGACGACUUCGACAGGCUGGCUCCAACCGGCAGUGCCUCGCUGGUGAAUUCGAUGAAGAUCGUUGAGAACCCGGUGGCCACGUGCGACGAGGUCUACGCCCUCAUUCAGAGCCUCACCUCCCAGAUCCGCAGAAGGAUGGAGGACCCCAAGUCGGCCGACCUGCAGCUGUACCACAGCGAGACCCUGGAGCUGAUGCUGCAGCGCUGGUCCAAGCUGGAGAGAGACUUCCGCAUGAAGAACGGCCGCUACGACAUCAGCAAAAUACCGGACAUCUACGACUGCGUGAAGUAUGACGUCAUUCACAACGCCACGCUGGGCCUGGAGGACACGCUGGAGCUGUUCAGACUGUCCCGCGCUCUGGCCGACAUCGUCAUCCCACAGGAGUAUGGCAUAAAUAGAGUGGAGAAAUUGGACAUAGCAUACGCCCACUGCCUCCCACUGGUCAGAAAGAUCCAGCUGGACCUGCAGAGGACCCACGAGGACGAGUCCGUCAACAAGCUGCACCCGCUGUACUCUCGGGGAGUGAUGUCUCCCGGGCGCCACGUCAGGACUCGUUUGUAUUUCACCAGUGAGAGCCACGUCCACUCCCUGCUCAGCAUAUUCCGCUACGGAGGCCUGCUCGACGACGAGAAGGACCAGCAGUGGAAGCGUGCCAUGGAUUACCUCAGCGCUGUCUCUGAGCUCAACUACAUGACUCAGAUCGUCAUCAUGCUGUACGAGGACAACAACAAGGACAUCUCCUCCGAGGAGCGCUUCCACGUGGAGCUCCACUUCAGCCCCGGGGUCAAAGGCGUGGAGGAGGAGGAGAACGCGCCGACCGGCUUCGGCUUCAGGCCGGCUUCUGCAGAGGUAGAGCGGCAGAACGGACAGAAACAGACCGAUCCCGGCAGCUUGGAGGACCUCUCUCAAGACGAGACGGACCGCGCCGUUCCGCUGUCCGAGCCGAUCGCCAUCCAGAGGAGGUCCCCGCUCAUCCGCAAUCACAAGACGGGCUCCAUGGAGGUUCUGUCGGAGACGUCGUCCUCUAAAGUCGGCAGCUACCGCCUCUUCUCGUUGUGCUCGCGUCAAUCGCCGGAGAUGAAACAAAGUGGAUUGGGCUCUCAGUGUGCCGGGCUCUUCAGCACCACUGUCCUAGGGGGGUCCUCUAGCGCCCCUAACCUGCAGGACUACGCACGCGCACAUCGCAAAAAAUUCUCCAGCGGCAGUUUGUCCUACAAAGACGAGUUGUUGUCUAUGCCGGCAGUAAAGCGAUUUUCUGUGUCGUUUGCACAGUACCCGACUAAUGGAACACAAGACGACUCCUCCACCACAGCAGUGGCUCCACCUGUCUGGUGCACUGCAAAAGAGCCCCCGGAUGAGCGCCGUGUGGCCCAGUUGUUGAGGCCUUUCUCCACGGACCUCAGCCUGGGCCGCCACCUCUCUCUGGACGGGGCGCUGGCCCACCACCUCCACCAGUGCUCCUACCACCUCCGCCUCUUCCGAAACUGGCUCGUCUCCGGCCAAGACCCCCUAGAGUACCUCCACGGCUUCGAAGGCUGCUCCAUGGUGCCCUCCAUCUAUCCUCUGGAGACGCUGCACAACUCGCUGUCGCUGAAGCAGGUCAACGAGUUCCUGACCGGCGUGUGCGAGAGCGCAGGAGACCCCAACACCAGGACCACCAGAGCGCUGUCGGCCAUGUUUGACGCACACAACCAGCCGUCGGUGGACUCCUACACGCCUCAGAAGGUCCUCUCGUCCUCCAUCACGCUGCGGUCGCGCUCCGACAGACCCCCUUGGUACAGCAGCGGGCCGUCCAGCACCGUGUCCAGCGCCGGGCCGUCCUCCCCCACCGCCGACACCUCGCCGCGCUUCAGCUUCAGCGACAAGACCUCCCUCACCCCCCAGAGCAGCGAGGAGACUCACUCCUCUCAGAACGCCUCGGCCCAGCCGCCGCCGGGCCUCAACCCGCCGGCUCCAGAGGUCCCCCUGGCGGAGGGCGGCGGCGGCGGCAAGCUCCGCCCCGUUGGCGCCGACAGCACGCAGGAGGGCCCGGAGGCGGCGGCGGCGGCAGCCUCAGGCGGCGACGCCCCGGAGGCCGGGUCCAGGCCGCCGUGCGGCGCGCUGGCCGAGCUCUCCCUGGCCCGGCUGGAGGGCUACUCGCUGCCCGGCGCGCUGCCCGUGCUGCUGGAGCUCAGGGAGAGCAGCAGCGAGGCGGGUUCCAGCUCUCAGACGCCGCAGUCCCCCGACGGGCCCGACGAGUUCUUCGACACGCAGGAGUCCAUGGAGCUGUGGAUGGACGGCGCCGAGGGCCUCCCUCGCCCAGGGACGCCGCUGGAGGCCACGAGCGGGCCGGAGCCGUAGGGGGGUGGAGGGGGGGGGAGGAAAGAGCCCCGGUUACAUCGUCGAGGACCCAGCGGGUCAGCUGAUCCUCUCCUCCCUGUUGGACAUUCAUAAGACAAGAUCGUUGCCUUUCACCACACCUCUGGUUCUGGUUCCGCUGGUUCUGGUUCUGCUGGUUCAGUCCGUUGGGCUCCAGGGAGCCGCGUGUUCUGUCACUGUAGCACACGCCCUUUUCUUGAAGCUGCGUUAAUGACGUGUGGUUUUCGGGCCACUAGGGGGCAGAAAGGCCCCCCAGCUGUUAGUCUGAUCCAAGGGGCAAACGGGGCUUGUUACAUUUCAUGUGUUUAAUUGAUCAAAAGAUAUUGAUCAAUGGACCUUUUCUUCAGACUCUUACUUUGGAAAGCUGCAGGAGGAGCUUUGUUACAGGAUGCGGUGACUCGUGGACACAUGAAAUAUGAAAAUAUAUCCGUGUUUUUUCUCCCUGGUUUGGUUCCUGUGUUUGUGAUUUCAAAACAAAAGUCUUCAUUGCUGCCAGUGUUCAAAGUCCUUCAGCCUCAGUGAAGAUUUGUUGUAAUCAGUCAGUUGAUGGAGAGAGAAACAAAUAUUUAUUUUGAAAUUACAUCUUUAAAAAUAUAAUCUUAAAGUCUGGUAUUUUUUAUACCCACAUCAGAUAUUUAAUUGCAACAAAACUAUUGUGUAUUUUUUGUAAAAUCCCCUCACAAUGUGUGAAAACACCUCAUACUAAAUGUGCUUUUAUUGUGGUAAGCGGUUAUGUAGCAGGUGUCUGUCCUCAUUAUCAAGCUGCUUGUUUUUUGUUGCUUCAGGUCAAUUUGCUCAAAUUAUUAAAGAAAUUUGUAAAACAUUU